UAACGGAUUUAUAAAGCUAUACAAACAGAYCCGCUGUCGUGGCACAGAGUAUGAUACUAUAUAUUCUUGUUCUUUUGACUUUACAUUAGCGUUUUAUUGGUUCGGAGGCGAAUCUUGCUGAAUUCAACGUUAAAGCAAAAGAUGAUCCGGGUUCUGAUCGCAGUGCUCGUUGUUAUAAGUCUCCCUCGAAGUGAAUGCACAGUCAAGCGAACUAAGGUACUUAUCCUUGGGUCUGGAGUUUCAGGGAUUACUGCAGCUAAAACACUACUCGAGAAUGGAGUUGAAGAUUUUCUCAUCCUCGAGGCCCAAAGCCACAUCGGUGGAAGAUUCAAACAGGUUGAUUUUCAAGGUUUCAAGCUCGAAGAAGGGGCGAACUGGAUCCACCAUGUUGAUGAAGAGAAUCCACUGUGGAAGCUGAAGAAGAAGUACCGGUUGAAAGGGAAAUAUACCAACUAUGAAGACACGGUGAUCAGGGAUGAAAAAGGAAAACAUAUUCCAUACCCAGAAAUCCAAGCUCGUUUUGAUCAAGCACUGAAUCAAGCAAUAGAACUCCAGAACCAACGACAAGCAGAGGGCAGACCCGAUGUGCCCUUGAGUUUAGGGCUCAGCAUGAAGGGAUGGGUGCCAAAAAAGCCAUCCGAAAAGGUAGUAGAAUAUCGUGAGAUCGAUUUUGAAUACACCGAGAAGCCAGAGAUGAAUUCUCUUGCUCAAAUCGAGUCCCGAGGAACCGACUUUUUUGUGGUGGACCCGCGAGGCUACGGCCAUAUUUGGAAAGAAACAGUGAAGCCCUUCGAAGAGAGAAUCAAACUGAAUACCGUAGUGAAAAAGAUCUUAUACUAUAACACCGGAGUUCGCUUAGAAAYAGCAGACGGCAAUAUCUACGUGGCUGACUUUGCUAUAUGCACUUUCAGCACAAGUGUCUUAAAAACCAAUUUGGUCCAAUUCUCCCCGGCUCUACCCCAGUGGAAAGUAGAGGCAUUCCACAAGGUCCCUAUGGGAGUCUACACCAAAAUAUUCAUCAAGUUCCCGCGCAAAUUUUGGGACAGCCACGAGUUCAUCUUGUACGCGCACCGCAGGCGUGGGUAUUAUCCCGUAUGGAUGGACCUCGAAGUGCCCGGUAUUGCCCCGAGGUCGGGUAUUCUCCACGUAACUGUAACGAGCGAAGUUGGACGUCGAGUGGAGAGUCAGAAGGAGAGCGAAACACUAGCUGAAAUAAUGACUGAGCUUCGUAAGGUGUAUGGACCCAAUAUUCCUGAAGCACAAGGGAUUUUCUACAGCAAAUGGUCGCAGAAUCCAUACACCCAAGGUUCGUACCCAAACGCAGUGUCUGGCACUACCGCGGAUGAUUUCCACAACCUCCAAGGAAACUUGAAGCGGCUUUACUUUGCCGGCGACGCGGUGCUAGAGACAUGGGUCGGAUACGCGCAGGGUGCUUAUCUCUCUGGCGAGAAAACGGCUAAGGCAGUACUCAGGUGUAUGAAAAGAAAUUGCCCCCAUUUUUACCCCAAAAAGACCAUCAUCCAAAGCGUUUUUAUUAACCAAAAGAGAGUGUAAUCUAACAUGAUUAAGAGGUAACAUCUCAGUAAACAUUACGCAACAGAACAAAAUGUAGUCUUUUGCUUUGAUACCAAAAACACCUGCGUACAAAACAGGAAAUAAGUCCUAACCCUAAUGACGUUUCAUACCUAAAUAAACUUAAAACGCCUUUGA